UAAUGGAUUGCAGCUGCUACAUCACGCGGAGAUUCCGUCUCUUGCUGCAUUCAUUUCACGAAUCGCCAMAGGAACGCAUUCCGGUACAGGUAUCGGCUUUGCCACUCUUCCUCGUCUUGCACCGAUGUGCAAAUCCAAAAAUUCCACAACCUUGUCAACAAAUGCACCAGUCGGCCGCAGUAAUGCUUCGAUGUUAUUAUGCCCCGCACCCUCUACCCAAAAUGGUUUUGCCCGCCAUUGUUGUGGCAGUGCCAUAAAUAAAUCCUCCCCAUGCCAAAAAGGGACGACUUCAUCUUGCGUUCCAUGGACAAUGAAGACAGGACAUUGGAUUGAUGGCGCUUUGUCAAUGUUUGGGAACUAUUUCGCAUUGCGUUCAAGAARAGUUGGGAUCAGUUUAUUUCAAUUUCUGUCCACGAAAAAACAAAGUUCGGAGUAAACGAACACAACGGAAGUCUACGCCAUUGGACUUACCUUAUCGCCAGCCAUAGUGAAUCUAAAAUCAAAAGCAACACGAUAGGCACUGAGUAAGGGGCUCUGCAAUAUCACCCCUCCAAUACUUUGACCUUCGUUCGCUGUUUUGGAAGCUAGGUAACACGAAGGACCAGAACCCAGUGAUCUGCCAUACAGAACAAUCUGUUCUGGUUGUAGUCCCCUCACUUCUAACAAAUAUUGAUACGCAGACUCGAUGUCUGCGUAACAGUUCUCUUCACUCGGAGAACCAUUCGAUUUUCCAUAGCCUGUAUAGUCGUAUGCCAUAAUAUUGACUCGCAACACUCUCGCUAAAUCGUUGAACCAAUCAUAUAUCAUCCCAAGGUCCUCGGCAUUUCCGUGUGAAAAUAGAAUUGUUACUUGGGCAUUUGGACGUUCAAUAUAAAAUGCAGGAAUCCGAGAACCCGUGACUGUAUUGAGCCAAAAAUGUCGAGACGGAUGAAGAUAUGUAGGAGGAGGAGGCUGAAAUAACAACGAACUUAUUGCGUCGCCCAUCUUCGUGCUUUAAGCUUUCUCGGGAUCCCGAGUGUCGAUACCUUGUUUGCAAGUGUAAAAAGGAAAGGAAGAUCCAGGCACCUCUGGUAAACCUGAUGAAUCGAUAUUUGUCGAAGCAGGAGAAGCUUCGAAAUAAUAUUUGUUUUCUCUCUUCUUUCAAAACCUAAGGGUGCGAUUACCUCCGUUUCUUCCAAUGAAGGGACAAAGGAAGAAUUACUAGCGUAGUAGUACUUGUGCUCGAACUUGUAACUAGUAGUACUUACAGUACUGUUCGUUUAGUUCGUUUGCGACAGAGAGAGCCGAAGAAGCAAUGCAACAUGUUGUUUCGAAGAGCAACCGUAAAAAGAGGAUGCGGCGUUUUUUAUUUUUAGUCCUAAUGAGGAUGACCGGUGUAAAAAAUGUAAACCAAGAUACGGUACAAUAGUACGUGCCAAAAAUAAAAAAUAGAAGUGAUCCACAAACUGUAUCACUAAUUACAGUACUACUUUUAAUAGUACCUCCUACUAUUGACAGUAUGAACAUAGCACUUCUACUACUUUCAGUACUAGUAAUAGAAGUUUUAUAACAAGUGAACACAUACUACUACUACUACUAAUAAUAAUAAUAAUAAUAACAAGAAAUUUAAGGUUUGUACUACUACUAGUAGAAGUACUACUAGUAGUACUACUAGCUUUUCAGAAAUUAGACGAGGGUCCUGCUAGUAGUACUACUAGCUAACAAAUGUCACCUACUACAUGCUUGCUUCACAAGAUCAGGUUUUGCCGUCAACAAGCGAAACGUAGUGUUGAUGGCGACAUUUCCACCUAGUGAAGCGCUCAUCAAGAAAGGGUAUAAACCUGUUUUCUUAUCAGGGAUUCCCAAGGCAUAAGGGUUUGCUUCAAUUAUUUCACCCAAUCCAUCUUCCCACGCAAUGCGUUCACGAAUGGCAAUAUGAAUAGGAGUGUCACCAACAUUAUUCCUCUGCCCUGAAGCUUCAGGAAAUGCCUUUAGUAGUUCCUGCAGGAGGUCUAUGAAUUUGACUCGAAAAGGACGCCGAAUAACUGCAUGAUGAAGAGGAUAAUUUCCAUCUGAAUCUGGGUAGGAAGCUGAUUCAGGAUUAAGAUUUAGUGCCACUAAUAGCGCAUCCAAAGGCCCUUUCAUGCAAAGCAAACCAUGUAAAAUAUAUCUCGAUAAAUGUUCUUCUUGAACUGAAUCUCUUGGAGAUUCUGACAAAGAUUCAGAGAAGAAAUUCAAGCUUUCCAACGCCAAGAAUUGCACUUUAUUCCAGAAACGCAGAAAAAUCUCUUCUGUURCUGGCUCACCGUUUAGAAUACGGGCAAUUUGCAAGUGCAUAGGUAUACUUUGGAGAUGUGAAUGCCAAAGUGCGUGGAGCGCCGUGUGCUGAUCAAAGGUUUUCACAAGCAACACCUGGGGAUUUUUCCGAACAAUUGCUUCGAUCACAGAUGCAUCGGCAAAACUUCCACAGGCUGAAUGAAGCACUGUAGAACCUAGCACUUUAUUUCUGAUGAGGAUGUCUUUUGGUUUCAUUCGUUCGAGAAGAGCCUUGGCUUUCUCCGGAGAUCGCUGCUGGACCCUCCAGCACAAGAGAUGGAGUGGAGUGGCUCCGUAUUUAGAUUCUUGAAUCGUUAAGGCUCCAGGCCAGAUAUCAAUAACGACUUCAAGUAAAUCGACUGGUGUUGAAGGAAUGGAACAAAGUGCAUGAAGGAUAGUCGAUCCGUUCGAAGCGUCUUUAUGUCCUCUGAUUUCUUCCGGAUGAGCUUCGUACCAGUUUCUAACGAGAUCCCAUUUGCCUUCGUCUAUAAGUUCAGGGAUCGAUUUGCUUUCAUCGUCCAGACAACCUCGAGUACAACAAAUAUUGCUUGGUUUCUGUUCCGCCAUUUUCGUAUGGGAAAUGCCUUUUGGGUUCAAAAAAUCUUGCGAAAAACGUUUUGCUGAAAYGGAAAAGGUGUGAAGAAUAAAAUCGGAAAUMAUGCAUUCGAAAACAGUCGAAAAAGUACGAGUCUACUAGUAGUAGUUUCCUGUACAAACUGAAUUGUUCGAUGGAAGAAACGAUACGAGGAGCCCUUCUUUCACCGGUACAGAAGGAGACUUUUUUUGAAGAGGAGUCUCAAAAAGCGUWCUGGGACGAUCAUCAUUGAAGAUUUUACCACGCACCUUUCCUACUAGACCAGUUACUGCAAUGGAAACAGCAGGCGCAGCUUAACACAUAAAAAAUGAAGCAUAUUUGCAGUCCCGGGACCUCCAAGAAACUAUUACUACCAGAAUUUCUACCAGAAUUUCUACCAGAAUUGCUACCAUCUUGCGACUAAAAUUGCUACCAUCUGGUAGCAAAAUGGUAGCAAAAUGGUAGCAAGAUGGUAGCAAGAUGGUAGCAGCAAUUCUAGUCGAAAUCUGGUAGCUACCAUUUUACCAUAAAUAUUUUCUAUAAUAAUUAGAUUCUCUUAGCCCCCGUAUUCUUUUGAAUGAGUCAUACUUAAGAGGGGGCUGGGAUAUUUAAAAAAAAUUCUGGUAACGCGGCAUAUAUUUUGGUAGUGUUUGUGGUAGCAAUCUGGUAGCAUUGAUGGUAGCAAGAUGGUAGCAAGAUGGUAGCAAGAUGGUAGCAAGAUGGUAGCAAGAUGGUAGCAAGAUGGUAGUAGCAAGAUGGUAGCAAGAUGGUAGCAAGAUGGUAGCAAGAUGGUAGCAAUUCUAGUCAGAUUUUGGUAACUGGUAAGAAUACCGGAUUGCUACCAUAAAUCCUACCAGAUUGUUGUAACUGUUCUGGUAACGCCAGCAAGUUACCAUUCUUAUUGCCAGACUAUUGCCUGGUAGCGUGCCCGGCGUGGUAAAAUAGUCAAUGAUGAUCGUCCCUGAGUUGAUACGUACCGUACCAUACCAUAUUGCUAUUGAAGGCAAGACCAGAGCCCAGCACUGGUGGUGGCAAGUUAUUGGGUCAUUGUGAUAUAUCCAGCAGUACAUUAUACUAAUAGUUUCAAGGAGACAUAUUGUGUGGCACUUUUGUUUGUUGGCAUGAAACUAUGGUUGAAUAACGAGGAUAGAGCACUGCUGGCAGUACUAGUAGUAGUAGUAGUAGUAAUACUAGUGYACUACUACUAGUAGUAGAGUACUACGUCUGAGAGAGUGUUCUGCACCUCUCCUAACCUUGCGCGACACUAAUUUUUAGAACAUGCACCUUUCAAAAUAAUUAAAUGCCUCUGCGCGACUAGUAAAUGUCUUUAUUCUUAGUACUACUGCUAGUACUACUAGCUAGUAGUACUACUACUAGAAGAAGUAGUGGUACCACCAAGAAAGUGGUGCAACUGCCAACUUCCUCUUUUUAGUCAUUCCCUUGAACUAUACUUGAGAUUCCAAAUUCCCAGAAACACUAGCAUUGAGCACGCAGUCUGUGCUGUCUGUAGGAUAUCAGACYGUGCGUAUGACUCAUAUCUACGACAUAUACAUAUGAUACRUAUCUAUGAUUCAUACACACCAUACAUAUAUGAUUCACUCAAUCCCACUGGAUUCAUACGAUUGAUAUGACUCAUUUCAUUCACUUGCUUGAGUGACUCGACUCAUUCAAUUCACACAUCACUUGAUCCUCACAGUGAUCGAUUCUAGAUUUCAUAGUUCRYYRAUCCUCGAUAAGAGCAUSGACUCACUUUUCUUCUAGCACAMACUUUACAUCACUAUUAGGACAGUCACUCCCACAGGUUAUGACACCCUUCCAAUAAAAUUCAUCACCACCAUGGUGAUAAUUUUUUAGGCGUGAUCUCUCCUCACUACGACAUGACACCGCAUCAUCAACACACCCCUUUGAACAACACAUCAACAAUGCAUACGCAUUGUCACCRCCAUUGUCUUCAACAACGCAUACGCAUUGUCACCGCCAUCGUCUUUGAACUUAUCAUCACGCAGUUACGACAAUAAAUUGUUACUCAACAACGACUUUGAAAAGAUCGCCAUUGUCGCUGCCCAAGUACCGCUGUUUUGCAACUCAAAACUUUCGAAACCUUUUGAAAUUUUUUGAUUCCAGAAACUUAUUUGGUGACAACAAACCUGCUUCCCUUUCCUUCUUGUUGGUCYACUUGUCUCAAGUAGUCCAUUUAGUAGACAUUUGGUGGUCAAUCUGCUAGAUAAAUGGGAAUCRCCCAAUCUUUUGACUACUAGAUCUGAUAGACAGACAGAUGAGAAAUGACAUCUAGAUUUACUAAAUCUAGUCAUUUUUGAACAACCCUCCUCAGACCCCCAGCAUUAAAAACUGACUAGUAGAUUUAGAGGAGUGGAAUCCACAAAUUUUUAUAUUUUGAGUCCAACAUGUUUUUCCUUGUACCAAAGCCUGCAAACCCACUCURGUAGUAGUUUGUAUAGUCAUACUAAUAAUGUAAAUAUUUGAGAUUCCAAAUUCCCUAAAACUGGUAUCAAGCCAGCAUUUCAUCCCUUUUCUAUUUGUCUAGAUUAUAUUGAGUAGUCAAUUUAGRCAUUUAAUCAAUCUAGAUUUAUGGGAAUCACCCAUUGGAAAUCCUCAAUUGUCAUUUUUUCAUUUUCCUUGCUGUCCCUGCCCUCCACACAGUAAGUCCAAAAAUAUUUCGAUUAGUGGUCCUUACUACUGGAGAUACAAUAUCAGUGGUUGCUAGUACUUAAACUUUUCCAUCAGUGCUUACUACCAAAUAAUCUCUAUUGUUACUACUUACUACUAGUGGGRAUGUUAUAAUAGUGAGCUGCUGGGUAAGAAGGCUGUUCUAUUGGUGUUGCUCCCCCCUCUCAGUAGGAGGAGGAUUAUUGUAUUUUCUCAUCUUCUGUAUCACUUGUACUAUAAUCCCUUGUUACUGCUGCAGGAACCAAUGCUCCUGCUGUAAGAAGAACAAGGUAAUCUAGUUGCAGCUUACUUCUUCUUCUUSUUSUUSUUGUUCCAGCUGGUGCAGCCUUCCAUGAUAUCAUUGUUGUAACACAGAGGCAUUCGUAUUCUUGGCACUUGUUGUAUUGCAAAUUCUUGUAUCAUUUGCUCUGUAUCCAAUCAAGACCAUUACACUUUUUAUUAGGAUUUGCAUAGUAGUACUAUUAACAGCAGCAAUGUUCACAUCACCACCAGUAGCCCUCCUGUUGGUAGCACAAGAAGAACUUCUUGUACCAUAGGGAUAGUACUACUAGGUACUACUUUUUGUUGGUGACAACAUUAGUAGCACCGGCAGUAGUUACAAGAACCUCCAUCAGCAGCACUCUCAUAUUACUUCAAUCUAUCUUGCUGGUAGAAUCCUCAGCUAGAUAGCCCAUCAGUUAGUACAUGAUGAUGAUGUCUUGUUGUUCUUGUUGUUGCACAACAAAUUCUUUUGUACCACAGUGAUUCUGGAUGAGAGAGGAGGAGUGCUCCCAGCACUAAAGUGCUUUUUCAUUCCCUCCUGCUGAGACAAUACUGUGCUCCUGUUUUUACUACAUACAAACAAAUCUCAUCUUCCUUUGCUCUCCCACUUCCAUCCUAACAAGGUACUAGUACUGGUACUAGUAGUACAAAUAAUAAACGCUAGUAGUAUGGAUGUAUGUACCUACUGUGAUAUUGGGUGAUUCCUGUGAACACAGAGGAAUCUAUGUAAUUGCAUUUACUAAUUUUCAGUCAUGCACACAAAAAAGUAUGUCGUAUUUUUGACACAGAUACACAGAUUUUUGGUAGUAGAAAGUUCCCUACUGGUACUUCCAAAGUAUAUAUGCAGCACAUAUAUAUAUUUUGGAGGAAUCCUUGUUGAUUCAACAUUUCUAAUUUGAAAUUCCACUAAAACCAGUGGGGGGGGAAGAGAAUAAAAAAAGAUAAAUAAAAUUCCAUAAUCUAAAUUAGUCACAUGCAGUCUGCCACAAUUCAAUAUCUAGUAGAAUUCUAGUAUGUAGUUACAUACUUAUUCCCAUACACAAAUUCUUAGUGYGUGUUGUCUUAAUUUCUAUGUUUACAGGAAUCAUCCAUUGUUGUACUGAUGAGUAUUUUUCUGCUCAUAUUUCUUACCUCUCCUCCUUUCUUCCCCUUAUGAGUACCUGGUACAACAAACAUGUGGGUAUGUACAAGUAAUAACAUCAAUACUAUGUGUAAAACAACAAUUGAAACUACAUUAAUUGAGGCAUUGGGAAUAUUAAUUUAACAUUCUGAAUGUUAGCAGCAUAGGUUCUGUAGAAAUGAGUACUGUGGUUUUUGGUUCAAUUUACUAAUGUCCUGAAUGCUCUGCUCAACAGUCUGAAUGUUAGCAGGGGAGGUGUCAUCUUCUUCCUUUUUUAGUAUGUACUAGUAUGUACUACAAGACCCAAAUAACUAUUUUGGGAAGGUAGUAGCAUGCUACCACAUUGAAGAAUGUGGAUUAUUGGGAAACUAGAAUCUACGUASUAGGCCUGCAGUGACAUACUAGUAACACUCUUUAGUACUAGUACUACACGUAAAAUAACAAUUGUACUUUCUUAAAAUAAGGGGUUGGGAACAUUGAAAUUAAGGUACAGAAUGUUAAUUUAACAUUCAGAAUCUUAUUAAAUUUCCGUAGCCGCAAGUAGAUCAUAGUAUCCCCAUUCUUCAAUGUGGUAAUGUGCUAGUACUAGUASUAGUAGUAGUAGUACGACCUUCCUAGCUAGUAGUAAAACAAUGAUUUGGGUCUUGUUGCACAUACCUUAAAAAAGGAAGAAGGGAUCUAAAAACGAGGAAGAAGGACAUCCUUGCCUGCUAACAUUCAGGCUGUUAAGCAGAGCAUUCAGAAUGUUAAUUCAAGCAAAAAACUGCAGUAGUCAUUUCUACAAAGGCCUAGUAUGGUGAUAAGUUAACAUUGGGAACUUCAAUUCUAACAUCCGGAAUGCCCUGUGAAACGUAAUUUCAAUUGAUCCGCAACGUUACGUACGCGUAGUACUCGUACUUCAAAUUUUUAACGAACGAACGAACGAAUCUUCAAGAAAAACCUGAGAAAGAUUCAUCUGAACAUUGAUUCUACCAUACGGUACGUACGAGAACUAUUCAUAGCGAAGAAACUUUGCUGCCGAAGCAUAAAAACAUCAUUGUUUAAGAGCAAGGAGAACUUCCACUGGAGGAAUCUCCACAAAAACAUCAACCGGCAAGAUUGAGUUGCAUUCGAUUCUCACGUACUGAUUUUGUUUCACAAUAAGGUAACCCAAGUGAUUUCGACGAGCAACUUUUGCCAAGAAACAGUGUCAAGAACUUGAAGAACAGUGCUGUAAAGAUGGCCGAAACGACAAUGAAGAGCAGCACCAAUGUACAUCGAGUACACUUUGCAUCAUGCAACAAUCACAAUCUAAAGAACAAGUUGUGGCCAAUUAUCGAAUCGCGGAGUCCAGAUGCAUUUGUAUGGGCUGGAGAUGCUAUAUACGGAGGUAAGAAGAAGAUCAAAACCAGCCGAACAAGCCCAUCUUUGAAAGAAUCUGCUUCCUAAUGGUUUCGUAUUGCACAAUUGUAGACGAGGAAGUUCCAUCAGCCGACAGGAACUGGAGAAUUCCAGUACCAACUAAGAAGACAGUUUGCGGCACCCCCGAUCGGUUGCGAGCAUACUAUGCUAAGCAGCGCAACGUUCCGGGGUACCGCUUUGCCGUGUUAGACAACCCAAACGUCACUGUGUUCGGAACUUUCGACGAUCACGAUUACGGAUGCGACAACGCCGACAAGACAUUUCCUUAUCGAUACGAAAGUGGUCUGGCAUACAUGGAUUUCAUCGAAGGCGAUAACCCUGAUGAAACUCGAGAAGAAUCACUGAUGAGAUAUCGUGCCAAGGCUGGGUAUGGUGUCUACGGAGUGAAAUUGUUCGACUUCGAUCGACCGCAAGGAAACUACGAAGUACCAGAGAUGGAGGCUAUGAUAGAUCCUGAUGCUCAAGCAUCAGGGCGUAGUUUUCAAUCUGUAUAUUCGUAUGGAGAAAAAACUGUUGCGAUAUUCGUAUUAGAUGUACGAACGAAUAAGGAUCCCUGGAAAAAGGGGUUGGAGGCAUAUCGUCUCGAUCACAACGGAGACUUCUUGGGAGAGCGCCAAUGGAGAUGGUUUGAAUCUGCUAUUCGACAAUCCCGCGCAUCGGUUAACAUCGUAGUUAGCGGACUUCAGAUUCACGGCUCCAUUUUCCCGAACAGUAACAUUAAUGAGUCUUGGAACAAGUUUCCAAAAGCAAGGGAACGAUUGUACAAUGCCAUACUUCAAGCAAAUGCAAAGACACCUAUUCUUGUCAGUGGGGUACGUCAGCGUUUAGAGAUGGACAUAUGGUAUAAUCAGUUGCUUUAAUGCGAACAGGUAUCUCACGAUUUUCUUCUUCUCCAUUAUCUUCACAGGAUGUUCACAUGACACAGUUUCAUCGCAGGCAUUGCGUACCAAAGGAUAACAGCAAUUCUUUGAAAUACCGACCGCUCAUUGAAAUGACGACGAGUGGAAUGACUCACACCUGGGGGACACUGCCGAGUCCACCUUUAGUGACAACCGACGUGAAACGUUUAUCACCGUCGUGGUCGGCUCGAUUCGGCCUCUUCGUCAGGAGCAACACAAUACAAUUACUCCAUCGCAUUCAUCCCUGGAAGUCGUUGAUGAACUCGGAGGAAACCACCACCUCGGGAUCCGGUGCUUUGUAUCCUAACGGAGGCGGAGAGAAUGCCAAGACCGGGUUGCAAUUUUCCUUGGAAAAGAAUUUCGGUGAAAUCGAAGUUGACUUUGAACAACGUCGCGUCGUGCUUCGCAGCAUUGGUGAAGAUCCAGACGCCCCUCCGUUAUUAAUGGCAAGCAUGGCCAUGGAUGAAUUGAAUCCGAAUGCGACAGAUGCUUAUGAGCACGUCUUUGGUCAAGAACACRAAUCCAAUUGGAUUUGCGUCGAUUAUCGUAGCAAAGGAAACCAACAAUCUUCUAGCAUCGUCACCGCAUCGCUUGGAACCGAAAUGAAGAAUACCGCGAACUUUCAAGCGAUCGUUCUUUUCGCCGCGCUGCUCUUGUGUUACUGCCAGUUGUCAAAAGGAAAAAAUAGUCUUGCUUAGACUAUGGAGAUCCUUCUAUUCUCAUAAUCUGUAAUUUAGAUUUAUGACU